AGAUUCUACUUGGCCAAAAUGGAAAUACAGUUCACCCUUUUCUCUGCGUAGGGUCAGAAAUUAAAGACCAAGGUAAAUUUUCUUUAUAAAAAAACAGGGAAAAAAGAAAAGAAUUAAAAUGAGCAUGGACAUGCGAGCCCGUUGCCCAAGGCACUAAUUAUCGUCCCUAAAACGGCAAAUAUUGAACCUUCCUUCUUAUAUAUCUUGUCGGUGAUGCCAUUAUCUCUCAUUUGCAUGAUCAGAAAUGAAAUUAAAAUGAAACAAACCCACUCCACAUUUUAUGCAUAUAUUCUUCUUACUGCUUUUGCUUCCUUUGUUGUGUUGUUCCUGAUAAAGGAUUCUUACUAUGGCCUCUCUUGGUUUUACCUCCCUUCUUCUCGAUGGAUAUGGCCUUCUUCUUCUCAAUCCCCCUUAGAUCAAGUGAAUCGGAAGUCAUUUAUAAUGAAUCUGAAAAAGGGUUUUAAAGAUACGAGCAAAAAGGACGCAGAUAUGGAAAAACUGGAGAGGCUUGAAGCAGGCCUUGCCAUGGCUAGAGCUUUGAUAAAAGAAGCUUCUUCAUUAGACCAAAACUACACGUCACUUCAUAAAGAUAUAGAUUAUGUUCCUCAUGGAGACAUUUACAGGAAUUCAUGCGCCUUCCACAGGAGUUACCUGUUAAUGGAGAAGCUGUUCAAAAUCUUUGUCUACGAAGAAGGAGAGCCUCCUUUACUUCACUAUGGUCCUUGCAAGAACAUAUACUCAAUGGAAGGAUUGUUUCUUAGCUUAAUGGAAACUGAUACAAAGUUCAGGACCUUGAAUCCUGAUGAAGCUCAGGUUUUUUUCCUUCCUUUUAGUGUUGUCAUGAUAAUUGAACACCUCUUCCAUCCAAUCAUUCGUGACAAAGCUGUUCUAGAACGUACUGUCGUUGAUUAUGUUCGUAUCAUUUCUCACAAAUACACUUACUGGAAUAGAAGCCUUGGAGCUGAUCAUUUCAUGCUUUCCUGCCAUGAUUGGGGGCCACGAGCAACCUGGUAUGAGCGUCAGUUAUACUUCAAUUCCAUCAGGGUCUUGUGCAAUGCGAAUACUUCCGAGUAUUUUAAUCCGAAGAAAGAUGCAUCUUUUCCUGAAAUCAAUCUAAUUACAGGGGAAAUUGCAGAUCUUACUGGAGGUCUGCCUCCAUCUAAUCGAACAAUUCUAGCAUUCUUCUCGGGUAAAAUGCAUGGGAAACUAAGACCUCUACUUUUCCAACAUUGGAAGGAAAAGGAUAAAGAUGUACUAGUUUAUGAAACAUUUCCUGAAGGACUUUCAUAUCAAGAAAUGAUGAAGAAGAGCAGAUACUGUAUUUGCCCAAGUGGACAUGAAGUUGCUAGUCCAAGAAUUGUUGAGGCUAUUUAUGCUGAAUGUGUUCCAGUUUUAAUAUCACAGAACUAUGUAUUUCCCUUCAGUGAUGUUCUUAAUUGGGAGUCGUUCUCGAUUCAGGUUUCAGUAAGUGAUAUAUCAAACCUGAAGAACAUUUUAUUGGGAAUUCCUGAAGAUCAAUAUUUAAGAAUGCGGGAGCGAGUAAAGCAGGUGCAACAACAUUUUCUGAUAAAUAAUCCUCCUAAGAGAUAUGAUGUGUUCCAUAUGAUAAUUCAUUCAAUCUGGCUUCGGAGGUUGAAUGUGAAACUUAUUAGUUGAUUACAGCAUUUUUGCUUUAGCUGAUGACAGAAUCAACUUUAAAUUUUGUUCAUGGAGUUGCUGUCUGUAAUGAGGAAUGAUUUUCAGUUCAAGUAUCAGUUAGUGAAGUACCUGAGCUGAAGAAAAAUUUAACGAGGAUACCUGAAGAUCAAAUAUGAAAGAAUGAAAGAGAGAGGGAAGCAGUCUUGUGAUGAACAAUCGUCCAAAGAGAUUUGAUGUUUUCAAUAUCAUAAUUUAUUCAAUCUAUAGCUAAGCAGACUGAAUUUAGAAAUUAAUGAUUAAGUUGCAGUUAUUCUGAUUUAGGAGAUUGUUGAAAAGAUUUCAGAUACCUUUCUAAACUUUUGGUUUACUGCCUUGUAUAACAUAUAUAUUGGUUUUUUGGGGCUUUUCCAAA